AUGGAUGAGAAGAAAAGUGGUGGAUCGGCAGGCCAAGAAGCUGAAAGAUGCCACUGGUCAAGCGCUGAUGAGUUACACUUCCUCGACUACAUCACAGCCCAUAAAGAAAAAGGGGGUGAUGGACUAAAUUUUGACAAAAACUUUUGGCUGCUGGCUGCCACCAAGAUGGUGCUGUGCACUACAAGUGGUGCAGUGAAAUCAGCUGAGGCCUGUUCACAAAAAUGGACUAGGAUGCAUGCCACCUUUUCAACUGUUGAUUGUGUGGCAAACUUUUCAGGUAUCUCAUGGAGCAAUGAGCAAGGCUCUGAUAUCACGCAUGAGUCUGAGUCUGUAUGGGUCAAUCUUAUUAGGGUAUGUACCUAUCUACUGUUCCUUACUACUGCUACUAACUUUUUUGUGAUCCAGGAAAUACCUGUUGCAAAGAGCUUUAGAAACAAGGGAUAA